GUGGGUUAUUCCUGCAGUGAGCCUGGGCCCGCCGCCGCAGCGCCCCCUCUGGCCGGGCGGGGACUAACGCCACACUCCGCAAGGCACGAUGGCGGCGUCGGCGCCUUUGACGAUGGCAGGAGCGGCGGCUGGAGGCUUCAGAACUGUGGAACCUCUGGAGUAUUAUCGAAGAUUCCUGAAAGAAAAUUGUCGGCCUGAUGGAAGGGAUCUUGGUGAAUUUAGAACGACAACUGUCAACAUAGGUUCAAUUACAACUGCCGAUGGCUCUGCUCUUGUGAAGCUGGGUAACACGACAGUGGUGUGUGGCAUAAAGGCGGAAUUUGCAGCACCCCAUGCUGAUUCCAGUAACAAAGGAUAUAUUGUUCCUAAUGUGGAUCUUCCUCCACUCUGUUCAUCAAGGUUUCGACCUGGUCCUCCUGGGGAAGAGGCUCAGGCAGCUAGUCAAUUCAUUGCAGAUGUGAUUGAAAAUUCACAGGUAGUACGGAAAGAGGAUCUCUGUAUUGUAGAUGGGAAGAUCGUUUGGGUUCUGUAUUGCGAUAUCAUAUGCUUAGAUUAUGAUGGAAACCUUCUGGAUACCUGCAUGUGUGCUUUCUUAGCAGCUUUAAGAAAUGUGCAGUUACCUGCUGUUACUAUAAAUGAAGAAACUGGGUUGGCAGAAGUCAACUUGAAAGAGAAGAACCCUUUGACAAUUAGAAAACAUCCAGUGGCUUCCUCCUUUGUGCUGUUUGACACAGUAAUGGUUGUUGAUCCAACUGCAGAAGAAGAGGACUUGGCAACUGGAGUGAUAACUGUUGUAACUGAUGAAGAAGGCAAACUCUGUUCUGUUCACAAGCCAGGAGGAAGUGCACUCACAGGAGCAAAACUUCAAGAUUGUGUAAGCCGGGCAACAGCACGACAAAAAGAAGUAAGAAAACUAAUGGAUAAAGUUAUAAAAAGUGUAAAGCCAACAUAAAAAAGGCCUCUUUGAACUGACUUGUACAGAGUAUCUGUGACAGUAUUUACCCAUUAUAUUGUAUCAAAUAAAUACAUUUAUAAACUUCG